AUGUGCGGACGGGGAAUUAACCCCGCGGGACGAUUCGUGGGGAGCGAUGGGGAGUGUGUGGUGCAGGCAGGUUGGGAUGGAUGCUGCGUUCUCUGCGUUACGCCCUUCCUCCCCCUUUCCCCUCUCUGUCUUACACCCUUCUUCCACUAUCCCCCACUCUGCCUCACCCCCUUCUUCCACCUUUCCACCCUCUCUGCCUUAGGCCCUUCUUCUCCCUUUUCCCCUCUUCCUUCCACCCUUCUUCCCCCUCUCUUCCCUACACCAUUCUUCCUCCUCUCCCCUCUCUGCCUUGCUCCCUUCUUACCCCUUUCCCCUCUCUACCCCACACCCUUCUUCCCCCACCAUGCGUGGUCUCCCUUACGUCCUGCUAAACCCCUUUCCCCUCUCUUCCCUUCGCCCUGCUUAGGGCCUCUCUCUUCUAUGCCUUACGCCCUGCUUCCCCCUUUCCCCUAUCUUCAUUACACCCUUCUUCCCCAUUUAUACCCGCUCUGCCUUACAUUUUUAUCUCCCUUUCCUUCUCUGGUAUUCACCCUGCUUCUCCCUUUCCCCGCUCUUCCCUACACCAUUCCUCCCCCACCAUGCGUUCACUGCCUUACACUCCUCUUACUCCUUUCCCCUCUCUUCCUCUCCCUUACCCCCUUCUUCCACGUUUCCACCCUCGGUGCCUUACGUCCUGCUUCCCCUUUUCCCCUCACUGCCUUACACCCUUCUACCCCUUUUCCCCAGUCUCCCUCACCCCCUUCUUCCGCCUUUCCACCCUCUCUGCCUUACACCCUUCUUCCUCCCUUUCUCCUCUUCCUUCCACCCUUCUUCCCCCUUUCCGCCCUCUGCGGCACGCCCUGCUCCCGCCUUUCCCCUUACUGCCCCUCUGCGCCUUCAUCCCAGGUGUGCGGCACUCCUCACCGCCUUCAUCCCAGGUGCGCCCUUCCCUCUGCUCCCAUAGCCUCACUUCUCCCUCCCUUCACUGCUCCCAUAGCCUCACUUCUCCCUCCCUUCACUGCUCCCAUAGCCUCACUUCUCCCUCCCUUCACUGCUCCCAUAGCCUCACUUCUCCCUCCCUUCACUGCUCCCAUAGCCUCACUUCUCCCUCCCUUCACUGCUCCCAUAGCCUCACUUCUCCCUCCCUUCACUGCUCCCAUAGCCUCACUUCUCCCUCACUUCACUGCUCCCAUAGCCUCACUUCUCCCUCCCUUCACUGCUCCCAUAGCCUCACUUCUCCCUCCCUUCACUGCUCCCGUAGCCUCACUUCUCCCUCCCUUCACUGCUCCCAUAGCCUCACUUCUCCCGCCCUUCACUGCUCCCAUAGCCUCACUUCUCCCUCCCUUCACUGCUCCCAUAGCCUCACUUCUCCCCCCCUUCACUGCUCCCAUAGCCUCACUUCUCCCUCCCUUCACUGCUCCCAUAGCCUCACUUCUCCCCCCCUUCACUGCUCCCAUAGCCUCACUUCUCCCUCCCUUCACUGCUCCCAUAGCCUCGCUUCUCCCUCUCUUCUACCUCCCUUCUCACCUUUUCUCCUAUGCACCUUUGUUCCUAUGCACCUUUGCUCCUAUGCACCUUCACUCCUAUGCACCACUGCUCCCAUGCUUCACCGCUCCAGAGCUUCUAAUCCGCUUCUAUGUUCAUCUUCUUCUCUCUACCUCUUUUCUGACAUCAUGA